GACCAUCCCACUACUUCCUGCAGUGUCUGUGUAACUCAGAGAAGUCUGCUUUCCAUAAGAGCAGCGUUGCUGAGACCGAUAGGCCUCUAGGACCCAAGAUCAUGUUCAUGGUUCUUCCCUCUCUGCUCUACCUCGGUCUGUAUAUAGGACAGAGCACUCAGGCACAAGAGGGAAAUCUCCCCCCACCUCAUAUCAUAGCUCGGCCUACAUCCAUGGUGCUAUCUAAGGAUAGUGUGACCAUUGAGUGCCAGAUUCCAGAAGCUGAAGCAUACGACAUAUGUAAAGUGGAAUGCCCUAAGCCCAUGGACAGAAGUAUGUUACCAUUGCCUAAGAAGACCAAUACUUUGAGAAUCCAAGAGAUGACACCAGACCAGGCAGGGCUGUACCGCUGUGUCUAUCAGAGUGGAGUCCAGUGGUCCCAGCCCAGUGACCCCCUACUGCUAGUGAUGACUGGAGCUUAUGACAAACCCUCCCUCACAAGCAUAACUGACACUGUGGUGGCUUUAGGAGACAAUGUGAAGUUACAGUGUUUCUCCAAAAUCGGGUUUGAUGUAUUUAUUCUCAUCAAAGAAGGUGAAGUUCACACCACCCAGAAACUAAACUCCACACUCCAGGGCAGUGCACACCAGGCCAUCUUCCACUUGGACCAUGUCACCUCCACACAGAUGGGGGCCUACAGAUGCUAUGGUGCCUUUCACAAUGACCUUUAUGUGUGGUCUCACUCCAGUAACCAGUUACAGCUUGUGGCCAAAAAAGCUCCUGAUGACCCUGAUCCCACAGAGCCCAGAUAUUCCACUGAAGCUCCUGACUAUUCCAUACCCACAGUGUCCAGACGUCCACAUGCCCCAUCACAUGACCAAAUGGAAAAACACCAGCAUUUUCUGAUUGGCUUCACAGUGACCAUCGUGCUUCUCCUCCUCUUACUCUUCUUGUUCAUCCUCCGACAUUUCAAAGCUAAAAACAAAGCUACCAGGACAGACAGACAUCCAGAGGCAGUUGAACCAAUGGAUAGACAGGCCUCUGAAGACCCAAAGGAGGUCACCUAUUCCCAGGUAACCUGCCGCGUCCCCACCCAGGGGACAGCUGGAACACCCUCCUUCUUACCCAGACAGACCCAGAUCAGCGAGUAUGCAACUCUUGCCCUAAGAUAAGCCAUAAAUUUGGACAGAACUUAGAGCUGCCUAUUGGAAGGUCCUUCCUUUGGAAUCACUGCUUCUAAAUCUAAGACCAUCAGCCAGGCUGAGGAGACCCACAUUACUCAGAAGGUCCUGC